AUGGGAGAUUUUAGGAAUUACACCAGAGAAGAUUCGCAAUUGGGUAAAUUACGAAAAUUAAAAGCGUAUUCCAACUGCUUGAAUUAUAUGAAGUUUAAACCGAAAUUAAAAUAAAUAAAUAAAUUAAAACAAACAAAUUUCUUUCUCUCUCCCUCUUCUCUUCUCUUCUCUUCAUCUUCCUUCAAGUCUCCGAUCUUCGCCAAACUCCCUCAAACUCUCUUCUUCCUUUUUCUUUUCUUUUUUUCUUUUUCUUUUUUUUUUUCUGUCUGUUCCCAAACAUCCAUAAUUAAUUUAAUUACUUCACUCUUCCGGUGAGAUGAUCCGCUAAGACUCACCUCACCUGAAUUCCCCUGCACAAGCAUCUCAUCCGCCGUCGGAUCACAUGCAUCCUUUUUGCUGCGUUUCUCCAAUCUCAAAUCGGCAACCUCCAAUGCUUCCUUCCUCCACUGAUUCUCUUCCUCCUCAACAAAUCAACGGUCAUGAUUCUUCAUCUAAAUCAAGGAGAGAUUUUAAUCACAAUCAUACCUCUUCAAUCACCAUUCAAAAUCAUAUCAAUAAUCAGUUUAGCAAUCAAAUUCAUCAACAAAUGUCAAGCGUUGAUCAUAGAGAAGUCAAGAUUAAUGAUAUUGUUGGAAGUGGAAUUUGUGGUAUUUUGUAUAAGUGGGUCAAUUAUGGUAAAGGUUGGAGACCUAGAUGGUUUGUUUUGCAAGAUGGAGUUGUUUCUUAUUAUAAAAUUCAUGGUCCUGAUAAAAUUACUCUUAGUUUGGAAUCUGAAAAAGGUUUUAAAGUCAUCGGUGAUGAAUCUAUGAAACGAAUUCGCCGUUCCAAUAACAAUUCUUCCUCACAUCCUCAUCGUCGUAAACCUUUCGGCGAGGUUCAUCUUAAGGUUUCAUCGAUUCGUGAAAGUAGAUCGGAUGAUAAGAGAUUUUACAUUUAUACUGGUACGAAAAGGCUGCAUUUAAGAGCUGAAACUCGGGAGGAUCGAAUGACGUGGGUGGAGGCUUUGCUAGCUGUUAAAGACAUGUUUCCUAGAAUGUCCAACAGUGAGCUGAUGGCUCCCACAGACAAUGUUGUUUCGACUGAAAAGCUAAGGCAGCGGCUACAAGAAGAGGGUGUGAGUGAAGGAGUUAUUCAGGAAAGUGAGCAGAUUAUGAGAGCCGAGUUUGCUGCGAUGCAGAAACAACUUGUUUUGCUCAAGCAGAAGCAGUGGAGGCUCAUUGAUACCUUGCGUCAGUUAGAGACAGAGAAAGUUGACUUGGAAAACACAGUAGUUGAUGAAAGUCAGAAGCAGUUAAAAGAGCAAGGGGCUUCCUCUGGUUCAAAGCAAGAUAAAUCUAGUGAGGCAAGUCCUAGUGAUUCAGAUGAUAACGAUAGGGCUGAUGCUGCCGAGGAAGACACAGAUGAAGAAGACAAUGCCUUUUUUGACACUAGAGAUUUCUUAUCAUCAAGUUCUUUCAAAAGCAGUGGAUCUGAUCUGAGGAUAUCAUCCUUCUCCUCUGGCGAUGAUUUUAAUGCUGCCGAUUCUGAGGAGGAUAUUGAUCCUUCAAUAAAAGAAGUUGUAGCUAACUUUCCGUAUGUUAAAAGGCGUAAGAAAUUGCCUGAUCCUAAGGAGAAGGAGAAAGGAGUUAGUCUUUGGUCAAUGAUAAAAGAUAACAUUGGAAAAGAUCUUACAAAAGUCUGUCUACCAGUGUAUUUCAAUGAACCAAUCUCUUCACUUCAGAAAUGCUUUGAAGAAUUGGAAUACUCACAUCUCCUUGAUAGGGCAAACGCAUGGGGGAAGCAGGGGAACAGUCUUAUGAGAAUUCUCAAUGUAGCUGCUUUUGCUGUUUCUGGCUAUGCUUCUACUGAGGGACGAAGCUGCAAACCAUUUAAUCCUUUGUUGGGGGAGACCUAUGAAGCUGAAUUUCCUGAUAAAGGGCUCCGUUUCUUCUCAGAGAAGGUAAGUCAUCAUCCUAUGAUUGUUGCCUGUCAUUGUGAAGGAACUGGGUGGAAACUGUGGGGAGACAGCAAUUUAAAAAGUAAAUUUUGGGGUCGUUCUAUACAACUUGAUCCUGUUGGGAUUCUGACUUUAGAGUUUGAUGAUGGAGAAGUCUUUCAAUGGAGCAAGGUAACAACAUCAAUAUACAACCUUAUAUUAGGAAAGCUGUAUUGCGAACACUAUGGUACAAUGCGUAUACAGGGAAAUCGGGAAUACUCCUGCAAGCUGAAGUUUAAAGAGCAGUCUAUUAUAGACCGAACUCCCCGUCAGGUACAAGGUAUAGUGCAAGACAGAAACGGGAAAACAAUGGCGACGUUGUUUGGGAAGUGGGAUGAAAGCAUGCAUUAUGUAAUUGGUGACUUCUUAGGCAAGGGAAAGGGAUCUGACGCCGUCUCAGAAGCCCGCUUAUUGUGGAGACGAAGCAAGCCACCAAGAUUCCCAACCAGAUACAACCUAACUCGGUUUGCAAUCACAUUGAAUGAGCUUACUCCGGGGUUAAAGGAGAAGUUGCCACCCACAGACUCCAGGCUAAGGCCCGACCAGAGGUACUUGGAAAAUGGAGAGUUUGAAAAGGCCAAUGCGGAGAAGUUGCGACUAGAGCAGAGGCAACGGCAGGCUCGGAAAAUGCAAGAAAGCGGGUGGCAGCCACGGUGGUUUGCCAAGGAUAAACAAAUUGACACUUACCGUUUUAUUGGAGGGUAUUGGGAGUCCAGGGAACAGGGCAAAUGGGAAUCAUGUCCUGAUAUCUUUGGUCAAAUUACACCAGAGAUGGACUAAGUAAACACAUCUGAAGAGAAGAAUUGUUUGGUUAGCCAAAAAAAGGAAAAGCAAACAAUUAUUAGUGUUCGGCAUUCUUUUUCGUUUCAUAUAUGGGUAGGAUAGCGGCUGGUUGAUUGUUUUGAGUCAAUGAUAUGUGAAUCACAUGAUUGUAAAGUAUAGUAAGAUGAAUUGAUUGAUGAUGAAUAGGUAAACAAUAAAAAGAAAUAUCUGUAUUUUCCAAUUCUUUCCCAAAUGGGCUCCCCUUCUUCUGGUGUUCUUUUGGAAACUUAAAAGUUUUGUAUCUGUAUUUCAUUGCAAAUUGGAAUAGCAUCUAAAUGAGCACACUUACUAUAUAUAGUAUAGAAUACAGAAUUAUUAUCAUUUACGGUCAUCUGUUUUCUGUUUGUUGUUGAAUCAAAAUUGUCGGUAAGCAUGUGAUAAUAAGGAAUCAAUCAAAAACCAAGUGUCGGUCGGCUACUUAUACUGCCAAAACUGUUAGCUGCUUUUCGACUAAGACUUUCAAAUCAAGCCAAGUGUCGGCCAUAUAAAUCCAAACAUGGCUUAAUUUAUUAUUACUUCUUAUACUCUACUUUUAUAAGCUGGUUUUGAUGCUGUUUGUCGAUUUAAAAUAGGAAAAAUUAUCUAAAAUAAAUCCAACAUAUUCUUGAUUUUUCUAUAAUAAUUUCACCUACAGCAAAUUUGAGGGGUAUUUUCUUAGAAUAAAUCAGGUGACCGAAUGACUUGCUAUAGCAAGUUUUAUUUUCUUAAAAACGGAUAUUUUAUGAUAUACCACUGAGUUUCUCCGAAAUUCGCCAUACACCGCACAAAAUGUUUUAAUUCACCAUAUAUCAUUGAGUUUUCGUCCGUUAGCACAGAAUACCAUUAAUGACAACUGCCGUCAGUGUGCCGUUUGUAGUAAAUUAAUAAUUCACCAUAUACCAUUAUUAUUAUUAUUUUUUUGCGUCAAAUACCAUUUUUUUAAAAAUAGCAAUAAAUCAACGUGAAAAUUCAACCAAUAAAAUACAAUGUCUUUCGCAUCGAGUCAAAAUUAAAAAUAAAUAAGGAUCAAUUUGCCCAUUGUACACAGAAUUAGCAAUAACACUUAGUUUUAAUAUCAAUCAAUAGAAUAUAUAUAUCAGUAAACCUAUUGAACUGCAUCAAAAAUGGAGAGUAUAUUUGGAAUCACCCAUCAUCAUAAGCAAAUUACAGCAAACAAGAUCAUCUAAAGGCAAUAGAUUUGAGAUGCACCCAAUAAUUAAACCAUCAUAAUCAAAUUAUAGCAAGCAAUCAUCAUUCAUCCAACAAAAAAGGGGGCAAAAAAUUGAAAUAAUUCCAACAAAAAACCAUCAUAAACAAAUAGAUUCAAGCAAGAUCCCGAAAAAGGGAAUAAGUACCAAGCGAAGAACACUUGUUGACACCUUCAAGGGUAACAAGAGCAAUGAGGAUGAAGAAAAACGGCAAAAGAAAAGCUGAGAUGAGAAUGAUGUGAAAAAGAGUGCAAUAAGAGAUGUGACGAGCUGCGACUUUUAUCUUCAUUAAGUCAAUGAAUCCAUUUCUAUUGCUGCUCGAUAUCGUUAUACUUUUUAUGCUCGGCGAUAAAUGUAGCUGCAUCCUCUCCAACAAUUUCUAAACAAACGAUGAUGAAAUUAAUCUUUUUCCUUCAUCUCUCAUGUUUUUGUUCUUCAUUCACUCUUAUUGUUGUUGAUAUUGUUAUUCUUACAUAACAAUAAUAACCUUUCGCCCAUCUCCUCCUCAAACUCCCUACCAUCCAAUCGAUUGAUCAAUUAAUCGAUCAAUCAUCAAUCAAUUCUUUUUUGCUGUCCCCUUCUUUAUUGAUUUUCUUCUUCAGAUUCCACCAAAUUUGAUUUUAUUAAUUUAAACUCAAAGUUUAUAAUCUGGAAUUUUUGGAUUGAUUGAGUUGUUGCUUGUAAUUUGUAUGAACAAAUAUUUAGGGGGUUUAGGUAUUCAAAUGGAUUGGGAAAUCAGUUGAAUGUGUAUCGAAAAGGCGGCAUUGAAGGAAGGGAUGGAAGCUUAAUUGCUCUACUCUUCCAUGAAUGGAUCGGAGUAACAGAGGAGAGAGUGGAGGAAAAGAAUAUGACCCAAGAGAAACAAAAAAAUGGUAUUUGACGCAAAAAAAAAGUAAUGGUAUAUGGUGAAUUAUUAAUUUACCACAAAUGGCACACUGACGACAGUUGUCAUUAAUGGUAUUCUCUGCUAACGGACGAAAACUCAAUGGUAUAGGGUGAAUUAAAACAUUUUGUAUGGUACAUGGUGAAUUUCGGAGAAACUCAAUAGUAUAUCAUGAAAUAUCUAUUUUAAAAAAAUAAAAUUAAAUGUCGAAAAAAAUGUUAAAAGAAUGUUCAAAGAAAGUUCAUGAUUUUUUUUUAUUAUUUAGAAUUUUUAUGUAAAUUUCAAAAUUUUUCUUUAAUUUUAAAUUAAUUUUCAAUUUACUUUUUUGGUGAAUUACCUACUAUACCAGGUCAUCAGGUUACCCCAGUUUACUCUAGGCAUAUACUUCCUAAAGUUGAGAUUAUUCAUGGUUAAUCAAUAGGUGGGAUCAUUGUAGGAAAAUUAUGAAUAUG